GGCAGCAGGAGGCUCUGAGUGUGUCCUCGGUCACUCUCACGGACGCUGCCGGUGACUACGCGCUGCUCCGCCUCCUGUGUUCGCUGCUCCGUCGUCACUCAGUCCAGCGUUCCAUCAUGUAGCGCUAAAGAGGACAGCACUCGAGACACUCUACAGCUGAGAGGCGUGAGUUAGUAACGCACUACACUGCCCACCUCACGUUUCUUGCAAAGGACAACAGGCGCGGAGCGGAACGUGUCCUCACAAGCAACAGGUAUCGUGAGUCUACCAGUGUGAGGCUGCACUGCGUAAGGGCGUGUCGAGGCCGCUGCCACGCAAAGCCAAACACCACACGCCGCGGGAACUGACGCCUAACGUGGUAGAUUAUUCCCUCCCACAAAGCAUUUACAUGAACUAAGGACGUAUCAGGAAAUAUACAUAAAACUAAUAUAAACUUUCCCUAUUAAGACACGGCAGCAGUAUAAGGAACGACGUUGUUCUAUGUAUGGAAACAUAUGAUUCUUAUUAAGAGAAGAAUGGCGAUACCAGAAAAUAUAACCGAAGUAAAGUUCCGAAUUUAGCAAGAGAACAAACGAACUGACAGUGAAGCGGAGGACGGCAGCAUAAAGAACAGACAAGAGUGAACAGUGACAAACAAACACUACACGGUACAUGACAGCCGAGUGGUGACAUUUGAACCAGUAAGCAAGGCAAGGAUUAGCAGUGACAGCAGCAGUGGUAGCAGUGAAGCAGAGGCGAUGACGGAGUAACAGGAGUAACAGGCAACAGUGACGCUACAGGGAGGAAUCACCACCACGAGAUGAGUGUUGUGAUAGAACUUAAACAUCACCCCACCGUCACCACCACCAACGCCACCACCAGGACCACUCACCACUCCUUUCACUCCACCGCCCUGAGCAGAUGAGCGCAGAGUGUGAUGGGCGGCGUCGGGAGGCGGCCUGCGGAGCGUGGUGGGCGGGCAUGGGUCUGGGUGUGGACGUGGGCGUUCCUGCUGGCCUGGGCUGCCUCAUGGGCGGGGCGGGCUGAGGGCUGCGACAUGGGAGAGUUGCGCUGCCACGACGGAAGCUGUGUCUCCGCCGACCAGUACUGUGACGGCGAGGCGGACUGUCCGGGCGGCGAGGAUGAGCCCGCCCACUGCACGCAGUGCAACAGACUGUAUUACGGCACGGUGGGCAAGACAUACGAACUGCAGGUGUUGUGGCCGCUUAAGACGAGACGAGGCCCCGUGUGUAACCUGACGCUGGUGGCUGCCGGGGGCCCGCACGGAGACCUCAUCCAACUGGCCUUUAACAAGUUCACCCUGGGCAAGUUCAUUUCGCACACAGAUCAUGGCUGUCCACACGGCCACAUGCAGAUCAUUGAGAACCAGAGGAUGUACAAGCCGGGCUUCUGGUGUGGAGACGGCCUUGGAUUGGCCAUAUACUACUCCGAGACGCCCUCUGUGUCCGUCAUCAUCACGCGGCUCCCGACCGUCAACGACCUCACCGCCCUCGACGACUUCCCGAGUUUCUACGUCAAGAUGACGUACCAAUUCCUCCGUCGAGAGGACGCAGUGGUGCGUUACGGGAGGCAGUCGCACCCCAAGUUCCUGGGCCUGCGAGACAAAACAACUGUGUGCAACGCUUUCUUCUCCGACUGUGACCAGCAGCCGUGUUACGUGCAGUCCCCAAACUUUCCUGGCAUGUACCCGCGCAACACCACCUGCUACUACCAUCUCCGGCAAACCAAGACGCCGCCCGGCACGAAGGCUAUCAUAGUCCUCAGCCAGAAAGACGGACGCCUCGUGCACAUCAAGAGUCAGGCGCAGCCCCACGACACGGCUGAGCGCCACCUCAAGCUGUACGGCGACUGCUACUACGUGGGGGACUACGUGCGUGUAUAUGACGGCAACUCCACCACCUCACCCGUGCUCAUCACCUUCUGCCGCGGUGACAUCGUGCCGGAGAUCGUGUCCUCCGGGCCGGACGUCCUCAUUGAGUUCACCACCUCAGCCUUCGACAAACCUGUGCACGAGAUGCCUUGGACACACCUGGCAGGGUUUGAGCUGAAGGCGGAGACUCGCUUCAUCCCGCAGGACUCCAUCGGAGAGGACUGUCGCGUGGUGAUCCGCAGCAGCGACAACAGCAGCGGCUGGGUGGAGGGCGCCAGCCACAGUGUACCGCCCAACACCACCUGCGUGUGGCAGUUCUUCGGCUCGCCCGACCAGGUGGUGUGGAUCACCUUCGUAUACUACACCAGGACCACACAACUAGCCAAGCUGCAGGGCAAGCUGUGCACCACGCAGCUCACCAUUGCAGAUGGGGUGUGGCCGAACGGCACCACCAUCGAUAGUCAUUGCCGGGGCUCUGAGAUGCGCACCUGUCACCGGGCACGCCGGCUGAGGGAGGACACCCUCGCCAGACCUUGCGACAGGAACGAGUCUUACGUGUCCAGCGGCAAGAGCCUCAGUGUGUCCCAAUUUUACGGCGACGGAAGCAUUGUCACCAAAGUCUCUUUUCUGUUCAGGUAUGAAUUUGUGGACCGGCAGCAGGCAGGGGAGUGGGUGGGGGACCCCUGCAUCCGCGUCAUCCGCAGCGACGGCGCCUCCAGCGGCAGUCUUUCCUUCACGGCGCCACGGGACGUGUUCCUGUACGGGCGCGGCGGGCGUUCAGCGGUGUCGUGCUCGUGGCGCCUGCUCGGGGCGCCGGACCAGGUGGUUCGCCUCACCAUCACCAGCCUGCAGACGGGGUCAUCUGGGUGCCGCAGGGAGGUGAACCGCCAGACCAAGGCGCUGCGCUGCCUGCCAGGCGCUGCCACCCACAUGUCCCUGUCAGUCUCUGAAUGGCCGUGGGCCAACGUGGAGCUGCCGCUGGCCUGCGUCUGUUCCCAGGACGACAUUCCCCUAACGGAAGUGUCCCACGGGCCAGACCUCACCCUCAACAUGACCAUCCGAGGCAUGCUCACCCAUGAAGACUACACGUACUACUCCUUCAACGUCACCUACGAGUUCCUGCAGGCACCGGGGUGCAUCGGCGCCACCAGGGUGCUGACGGGCGCCGCUGGGGAGGUAGUAGCUUCCUCUUCCUCCUCGGACACCAAAACGAAGUGUGAGGGCUUCCCGUGGCUGCUCAAAACGCCGCCCAAACACGCGCUCUUCCUCACGCUGCCCCGCGCCAGCCUGGACAACGGUACUUGCGCCUCAGACACCAGGCUGUUUUUUCACGUGCCCGGCCAGGCAGACCCUGUGUUGGGCGUGUGUCCAGCGGCAGACCCCGCCGCCGCCAUCACCUUCUUCUGGCCGCCGUCCUCCUCCACCCCGCGCCUCUCGGGUCAGACCACACCCGGCGAGGAGCAGGAGGUCGAGGCCACAGAGCAGAAAGAUGACGCAGACGACACAUCCUCCGUUCAUGAGCUGGACUUACGAGAGCCCGGCGAUCUCGGUUCGACGCUAGUAGUGGCGUGGCAACCUCGCAGCGCCUCGCAGCUUCGCCUUCGAUGGCUCACCACUUGGACUCCCAGCGGCCCCGCUGAGCAGAGACGCCUCCUAUGGCGGUCUGGUGCUGGGGCAGCUGAGGAGUGGAAGGAGGAGCCAAACCACACUCCUUGCAGGGAACUAUGCCCAGAAAUCCAGGCCUGCAUUCCCUCCGAGCUGUGGUGCGACGGCCGCCAGCACUGUCCCAAGGGUAGUGACGAGACCGUGGCCAACUGCCUGCUGGAGCGCAUCCCGUGGCUGUACCUCACCAUCGCGGUCCUCACGCUGCUCACUCUGCUCUCCAUCACCAUCUCCGCCGUGAGCCGCCACCGCCAACAGAAGGCCAAGAAGCGGCAGCAGGACGCCAGGCGGGUGUCCACACAGGAGUCGAUCCUCCCAAAGGAGAAAAGUUUAAGUGCCUAUGCUCUCGACUACACCGACAUGGACUUUGAAACGACCGUCUGAGGUGUGCCCGUGGCGGGCCUCCGGCUCCUCUGUGUCACUGGCACUGGCUGCUGAAUGGUGCGCGUGUGGUGGCCUUGCCCCCAGGUGACUUGGUGUCUAUCUCUCUCACGGGUGUGGCCAAGGACACGUCUUUGGCUGGUGCUGUGUGUGUGUGUGUGUGUGUGUGUGUGUGUGUGUGUGUGUGCACGCGCAAGGUCAGUCUCAUCCUUUGGCAUGCCCCUCCAAUCCGGAUUCCUUACGCCUGCCGUCUACAGAAGGUGUUGGCAGGAGGCGCAGCAGGCCAGGAUGGGAAGAACCCGCGCCCUGCCCAAGUUUACAAGGUGCGAGGGUGCUGCGUCCCUAUCGACUCCCUCAUUUCCUCACUACCUAACAUAUUUCCUAUACUUGCGGGUUCGGACUGUUAUCAAAUUAUUGAGAAACGUUGGAGCGCAAAACAAAGCACUCCGGACUGAGUAGGAGUGGAUAUUCCAUCGCUGCACUAUUUUUUUACAUGUACAUAUAUAUAGAGUCCAGUCUUAAUUUAAGUGUGUACCUCAAUUGCAGUCGCCAGUUCCAGAAUAAGGACGAUUCUCACCCGGAAAAAGAAAAAAACGAACAAACAAAAAAAAAAAAACCAUAAUAUGACAGUCUUACA